AUAUACAGGCAAACAUAUAAAUGACGAAAAUAUUGGAUAAUAUUGAAAGGUUGCAUUGUAUUGAUAAGAAAUUGCAACAAAGCUCCACUAAACUUAGGACAUGUAAUUUAACGCAACUUAAACUUCAAGCAGAAAAACAAUAUUGCAAAGAAUUACUAACAGACGAUCUGAAAAUGGUUUAUUUGGAGCGCAAAGUGCCUCAAGAUCUAGCAAACAAAAUGGCAACAAAGGCUGGAAUUGAUACACUCAUAGAAAAAAUCCCCAGCAAAGAAGCCAAAACAUUUUUGAAAUGGACCGAAUUUUCGUCCAUUACAGCAGCCACCAACAAAAUUGUCCAAAACGAAAACAAUGAUGACAAAAAUGGCUCGAAUAAACCACCGACAAGGGAAUCGAAGUAG